GAUUGGUCGAGCCGUACGUCGAUCAAAACUGUAGGUUGCAGGCAGCUAGAGUGAGGGGAACAGGUUGAGGAAGGCUGUGUGCCCAGAUAGUCAAAUACCGUUGGUUUCAGGUUGAAACCGGACCCAAACGCAAACUGGAAGGGCUCAGCGCAGCGUGGGUGCCCAGGGAUCCACUGCCUGAGUGUGGGGAGAGCAGCAGCCGAGAUCCCAAAGACAUGAACCACACCAAGGGCGGCCUGGUCAUCUUCACCGCCAACUCACACCCCUCCAGCCGUGAGCUGGGCAAGAGAAUCGCAGAGCGGUUAGGGGUGGAGCUUGGCAAGGUGCAGGUAUACCAGGAACCUAACAGAGAAACGCGGGUACAGAUCCAAGAGUCGGUGCGAGGCAAAGAUGUCUUUGUCAUCCAGACUGUUUCCAAGGAUGUGAACACCACCAUCAUGGAGAUGCUGAUCAUGGUGUACGCGUGCAGGACUUCAUGUGCCAGGAGCAUCACCGGCGUCCUCCCCUACUUCCCCUAUAGCAAGCAGUGUAAGAUGAGGAAGAGGGGCUCCAUCGUCUCCAAGCUCAUCGCCUCCAUGAUGUGCAAAGCUGGUCUCACCCAUCUGAUCACCAUGGAUCUCCAUCAGAAGGAGAUCCAAGGCUUCUUUAACAUCCCAGUGGACAAUCUGAGAGCUUCCCCUUUUCUGCUGCAGUACAUACAGGAGGAGAUCCCUGACUAUAGAAAUGCUGUGAUUGUGGCCAAAUCCCCAGCUUCUGCCAAAAGGGCUCAGUCAUUUGCAGAGCGUCUACGUCUUGGUAUCGCAGUGAUCCACGGUGAGGCUCAGGACGCCGAAUCAGACAUGGUGGACGGCCGACAUUCCCCACCCACCGUCAAGACCACCGGAGCCAUUCACCCCAGCAUGGAGAUACCAUUGUUGAUCCCUAAAGAGAAGCCUCCCAUCACUGUGGUUGGAGACGUAGGAGGACGUAUCGCCAUCAUAGUGGAUGACAUCAUCGAUGAUGUAGACAGCUUCGUGGCGGCAGCAGAGACGCUGAAGGAGAGAGGAGCAUACAAGAUCUUCGUCAUGGCGACGCACGGCCUCCUCUCCUCCGAAGCCCCCAGGUUCAUAGAGGAGUCUGCUAUCGAUGAGGUGGUGGUGACCAACACGAUCCCCCACGAGCUGCAGAAGCUGCAGUGCCCAAAGAUCAAGACGGUCGACAUCAGCAUGAUCCUGUCCGAGGCCAUCCGCCGCAUCCACAACGGAGAGUCUAUGUCCUACCUGUUCCGCAACAUAGGAGUGGACGACUGAACAAGCAAACACACUCUCCCUCUCUCUCUCUCUCUCUCUCUCUCUCUCUCUCUCUCUCUCUCUCUCUCUCUCUCUCUCUCUCUCUCUCUCUCUCUCACACACACACACACACACACACACACAGACAAAAACAUACAGUAUAUUCCAGUUGCCACAUCACUUGUUUCCACCACACAGAGGUGGAUGACUGAACCAAGACAUUCACAGAGGAGCUGACAUGCCAACACUAUCCAUUUCUGAAGAAACACAUAAAAGCUAACCCCCUGCUAUAAUUGUAGCAUAACAUAGAUGACUGAACAAACUCAACACACAGAAAGGAAAGAUAACCUUGUCCUGUAGCUUCGUACAAAAUACGACUGAAUACACACACUAAUCUACCUGGACUUUAAUGGACUACUUUGCAUCUAUAAUACAAAUCUCUUCCCCUGCAGAUAUAAAAAGCCAGUGACUGCCCUCGCCUCAGUCACGUAACAUCUCCCCUCUCUUCGUUACUUACCUGUCAUCUCAUAUAUUUCACACCUGUAUUGAAAGGUGAAUUGCAGUCUGAGUUGUCUCCAUGAAAUAAUUCAUGUUGAUGUUAAAUCUGCAUGUGGUACAACAGGGUGUGUGUUUAAGCUGGUCGUGCGGGCCAGUGCAGAUGAAUGUUUUUUUUUUUUUUCUUUUCCAUUGUGACUCAUUAGAUUAGGGGAUUGUACUACAAAAGAGUGCCAGUGCCUUCUACACA